AUGGCGGAAGCGGCGGAAGGAGCGGUUGGCGUUGCCCAGCUGACUGUGACAGCGGGGCCUGGCCAACAACUAUCGAACCGGCUACCAUCGCAGCUUGAGCAGACGCAGCGGCAGGUGGACGAGGUAGUCCAGGUGAUGCGCAAGAACUUGGAAAGCAUCGCAGCUCGCGAGGAUCACCUCAACGAGCUGGAAAUGAGGGCCGCCACGCUAGAGACGCAAGCCCAAGAAUUUCACGUGCACACCGCUCAAAUUCAAAGGAAAAUGUGGUUUAAAGACCUCAAAUGGACGAUUAUUGCCGUUGCAACCGUCACUACCAUUAUCGUCAUUGUCGUCGUUACCCUUGCUGUCAAGCUGUCCGGAAAUUGA